GGCCGUGACCCCGUCCGAAUCCGAUCCCAAUCCCCGAACCCAACCACCGAAGCGACAGGAGAGAGAAGAAAAGGAGCAGCGGCGGCGGCGGCGAGGUCUAUGGCGUCGACGGCGGGGUACCUGGCGCGGCGGGCGGGGCAGAAGGAGCGGGUGCGCCUGCUCUACCGCCGCGCGCUCAAGGACACACUCAACUGGGCCGUCCACCGCCACCUCUUCUACCAGGACGCGUCGGAUCUCCGGGACAAGUUCGAGGCCAACCGGCAUGUGGAUAACCUGGACGUGAUCGAUAGGCUCAUCGAUGAUGCAGAGGCUCAGCACAGGAAUUUCCAGCACCCUGAUCCCUACAUUGUUCCAUGGGCACCUGGCGGCACUAAAUUCACAAGAAACCCUCCUCCACCUCAAGGGAUUGAGAUCAUCUACAAUUAUGGAAAGGAGGACUAGUAAACAAAGUCCUGCAAGUGGGGGCAGAACUUGGCGCAUCCAGAGUUCUAAAUCACUUACUGUUUAAUCAAGUUGUUGUACGAGAAAUAAGAAUGAAAUUACUGGACUUCAUCUGUGUUUCUCAUUUUUCAUGGAUGCUUGUUCUAAUAACCCUGUGCUCUUCAUCUAGCGCAUGGUCAAGUGAUAUUUGCCGUGACACAAUGGAACUUUGCCUUCUUUGUCAU